UUUCAAUUUGGUAAUUUAAUUGGGUUGCGUUGAUAAAAAAAAAAUUCCAAUAUUGGGGGCAUCACGUAACAUUGAAAAACCUCAAGGGAAACCUGUAGAAAGUAGAUACCUUCGUAAACCCUUCCUCUCCUCUCCCAUUCUCCUUCCUCCGCAGAUUUUGGAGUCAGAAACUAAAACAAUGCAUCAAAGAUCAUCACUUUCACUCUUAUCCUUACUUCGCAGAUACCCUUUUCUAUACUCUACAAAACCCACAUCUUCCUUUCUCUUCAAAUCACUCGCACCAAUUUCCACCCACACUUUCCCUCACAAAUGGCAACUCUCAAACCUACCAAUUUCUUCCAAACCCACUUCAAAUUUAUCCCAUUUCAACGACCCAGCAAGCUCAAUCUCGCAUUCGAGGAAAUAUAGUGGGGAUUCAAUUGAAGAACUUGACAAGAACAAGAUAGUUGAUGAGAUUAAUCUCAAGUUUGCUGAAGCAAGGGAGGAGAUUGAGACAGCUAUGGAGUCAAAAGAGACUGUUUACUUCAAUGAAGAAGCUGAGUGUGCUAGAGUUGCUGUUAAGGAAGUGUUGGACAUGUUUUAUGGUUUGUUGGAGACGUUGAAGGUUGAGGACAGAGAUGCUUUGCAGAGGUCUAUGGGACUCAAGAUUGAGCAACUUAAAGCUGAACUUCAACAAUUGGAAGAUUAAUGAUUUGAUUCUUUCUUCGAGGUUCGAGUUUUUUCAUUUCAAUGAUGAUAGUUUUGAUUUUAGUGCUAGUUACAUGGAUUAUACUGCAAUUAGUAAUAUGUGUAGCUGGUGAAAUUGAUGUAAGAUGCUCAUCCAUCAAGUUUGAAGUUUUCAUAAGGAAUGUUGUGCUGUAUUUGAGUAUGAAUUGAUGUCCAAAUUGAAAAUGUUACUUAUAUUUAGAUUUUGUACCCGUAAGGGCAUGCUUGGAUUAAGGGUAAUGCAUUAAGGGGUAAUAAAAAUCAAACUAAGGAGAAUUAAGGUGUUUAGUGCUGAUUAUUAUGAUGAUGAUGUAGUGAUAAAGAGGAUAAGCUUGUGUCGGGAAGAAGGAGGAAUGGAUAGGGGAACUGUAACCCUCAUUAUGGCCUUAUGGGGUAAUAGUUACCCACCUUCCCCUAGGGUAAUUGGUAAGCUUCUACUUCCCUCCUUUCUCAUCACAACAAUACUAUAUCAUCUCCAUUACAAUCAUCUCAAUUCACUUACUUUUCCCUUUAUUAAGGUGGUUUUGACUUUUAUUACUCCUCUAAUCUGUUAACUCUAAUCCAAGCAUGCCCUAAAUGAUAGGAAAAUUAGAAUGAGAUUGUAGACCGUCUCACUAUUUAUUUUAGAGGGUCAUCAUUGUUUACGCUACUUUUCAAACGAUGCCUGUAGCUUGAAUGUUGUUGUAUUAAUCGGAGGUAGAAUUUUUGCGAGGUGAUG